GCAUUUUAAUCAUCUGUUUUGUUUCAAUUGUAUCUUACAGGGAGAUACAGGCAUUGAAGGGAUCCAAGGAGUCAACGGUGCAAAGGGAGAAAAGGGCGAAAAGGGCCCCAAAGGCAAGUUUGGAGACGUCGGUGCACAGGGUCCCCACGGCGGUCGGGGGAAGCGUGGGCCAGGGGGCGAGCCUGGACGCACAGGCCCAGUCGGAACUAAUGGCAUCCGGGGUGAUGGAGGACCAGUCGUGUUUCAGGGUCCGCCAGGGCCACCGGGCCCAACCCUCCCCGCUCAACACGUAAUUGAGGUCUGCAAGAGAGUGGUGCUGGAACAGAUGUCCACCUUUGCCAACUCUGUGAAGAGGACAUGUGCUGCCGUGUGCCCACUCUACGGGGACGUCCCCUUGGGUGCCCCCGGUCCCACAGGACAGAAGGGAACACCGGGACCUCCAGGCGGUAAUGGUAUUGACGGUAUGAAUGGAGAGAUUGGACAACCAGGAUUCUAUGGGGAGGCUGGAGACACAGGCAAACAAGGACAGCCAGGUGAUCAAGGAGACCAAGGAGACGAGGGAGCAAAGGGCCAUGGCCUACCUGGCUAUAUCGGAGACCAGGGACCAAAGGGCCAACGUGGAAGACCUGGCAGAGCCUUCAAUGGCACACCAGGACGAGAGGGCGAGAGAGGCCAUGUAGGCCGGCCUGGACUAAGAGGUCACCCAGGACUAAGAGGAGUCCCAGGUGUGUGUCAGACCACUGGGUGCGUUCUGCUAAACAACAACACAACCAACGGAUCACAUCAGAAUGCACCCCAGAGGUUGAGAAGACACCCAUAGAGGAAACAUUUGUCCAAGCUGCGUGGAUGUAUCAUGAAAUGAGGAGUGGGGGAGGGGUGGAUUGGGAGAGAGAGGAGAUUUUUUGUUAAUAAAUGUAUUAAAUUCAAAGUCAAAAUGCUUCAAUGUAAAUAUGCAUCCAAUCUCCACUGUGAAAGACUGAGAUUCACCCAUUUUACUUUCUUGAACAAAUCUGCUGUAGGCCUUAAAACAACAUCCCAUUCUCAUUGUUCAUUUGAAAAAUACACCAAUAUCUAUAUAUUAUGUAAAAAUGCUUUGAUUUGAAAGUUUAUUUGACACAUUUUAUUUAAACUGGUCCUAGUUGUCUUCAAAUGUCACUGAUCUUUAUAAUAAAAGCACAAAAAAUUACUACUAACUUAUUUUACUGUAACAAUUCCUCCACUGUUUUCUUUUUUAUUAUGAUAUAUUAUUGAGAAUAUUAUAUACAAAUUCAAUACAAAAUCAAGUGUACAAUUCUUAAUUGUAAUUCACAAAUUGUUCAGCAAAGUGUUUAUCACAAUUCUGUUGAAGCAUGCUAGCUACUUAAAUCAAUAACAGUUACUGUUGGCCAAUGGUUACUGCUAUGGCUAGCAGUUACUGUUAGCCAUUGGUUGCUCUUUUGGCUAGCAGCUAAUGUUAGCCAAUGGUUACUGUUAUGGCUAGCAGCUACUGAUAGCCAACGGUUUGUGUUAUGGCUAGCAGCCAAUGAUUACUCAUCUGGCAUGCAUCUACCGUUAGCCAAUGGUUACUGUUAUGGCAGCAUACUGUUAUAGUCGAAUGUCUUUUCAAAAUAACAGUUUGUGUCAGUCUGUGCCUAAUGUCAGUUGUGAAGUCAUGCGUUAUUUGAUUACGUUUUUGUAUGCCUUGUUACUAGCAGGUUUAAGUGUCAUCCAGAAGGCAUAAUGUUGGUUCAUUAUGAAGUAACCAACAAAAUGACCUCUUGUAGUGGAAAGAUCUGGAACAUAAAUGUGAAUAA